AUGGGAGCCUCAAUGAUGAAAGAGGGUCUGGCCGACGAGCGAACCGGGAUGACGGACCGCGAGAAGAAGCUGGUGCGCAGCAGCUGGCAGCGGUUCUGCGACGUGAACCAGGACUACGGCAUGCUACUGUUCAUGGGUAUGUUCACAAACCACCCCGAAUACCUGGAGCUGUUCAAGCAUUUCAAGGGCCGCGACUUGCGCUCGCUGCACAAUGACCCCAAGUUCCGGGCGCACGCGAGCGCCGUAGGCCACCAGCUUUCUGCGAUGGUCGAGAGCCUGGACGACCCCGAGGUCCUGGUCGUGCUGAUCCAGAAGAAUGCGCUUAGCCACACGACGAGGAACGUGAAGCCCACGAACUUCGAGGGACUUUUUGAGGCCGUCAUUGAAGAGAUGGCCGCGAGCGAGAGGUCGCUCAUGAAAACGGCAACCGUCAGCGCCUGGGAGAAGCUCUUCGAGACGGUGAACCUCAUAACAAGGUGCGUCUACGACGAGGUGGCCGCGUCUUCAGGGGCCGCCGCGUCACGUGACCACCGUCAGACCGAGACGUCUUCCCUCAAGACACCUAAGAAGCGCAUCUCCAUCGCACCUGCCGGACAGGGUCCGCUGGCCAUUAGUAGCCCCAUCUAUGACCCUGACCAAAAUCCGGCCGAGGCCCCCAAGGAGACCUCUACCAAAGACGACGCCGCGAGAACGGACACGAAGGCCGAACGCCGAAAAUCGUCGUCCGACCAGAAGAAAAAGUAG